CCUUCCUCUUCCUGCGAUUAUUUAACAAGUACCUACCUAAGUACCUAGUCUGGGAUUUCGCUGAAUAUUUUAUUUAUUUAAAACAGAAUGGCGCUACGUUUACUGUCUAAAGUUAAAGUGAUCCCAGAGCUGCGAAAUGCUGCCUUCGCCAGCUCCGCAGCUGCGCCAGCUGAACUCUCGGAUUUUGAUAUGCAGCAUAAGACUCCAGUGAUCAGAAAACAGAAACUGAUCCCCAAGGCUCAAUACGGAGGUCGUCAUGCCGUUACCAUGCUUCCAGGAGGAGGAAUCGGCCCCGAGUGUAUGGGUUACGUCAGAGAUAUUUUCAAGUACAUUGGUGCACCGGUAGACUUUGAAGUCGUUGAUAUUGAUCCUACAGUAGACAAUGAUGAUGAUGUGCAAUACGCUAUUACUACGAUUAAGAGGAACGGUGUUGGAUUGAAGGGUAACAUAGAAACGAAGAGCGAAGCGGCGUACGUAACAUCACGCAACGUAGCGUUGCGCAACGAAUUGGACAUGUAUGCUUAUGUGUUGAACUGCAAAUCAUUCGCCGGAGUGCCCACGAGACAUAAGGACAUCGAUAUUGUUAUUAUUAGACAAAACACAGAAGGCGAAUAUGCGAUGUUGGAGCACGAAUCCGUGCGCGGUGUGAUCGAAUCAAUGAAAGUUGUGACCGCUAGCAACUCGGAAAGGGUUGCCAGGUUCGCGUUUGAAUUCGCCAAGAGGAAUGGCAGGAAGAAGGUGACAACAGUCCACAAAGCGAACAUAAUGAAGAUAUCCGACGGGUUAUUCCUUGAAACGUCGAGACGUAUGGCCAAAGAAUACCCAGAUAUUGAGCAUAACGAUAUGAUCAUAGAUAACUGCUGUAUGCAACUUGUUGCUAGACCGCACCAAUUUGACGUGAUGUUAAUGACCAAUCUCUACGGGUCUAUUGUCUCUAACGUUGUGUGUGGUCUACUCGGUGGAGCUGGUCUACUCUUUGGAAGGAAUUACGGAGAUCACUAUGCUGUGUUCGAGCCUGGUACCAGGAAUACUGGAACGGCAAUCGCCGGUAAGAACGUCGCCAACCCCAUAGCCAUGAUAAACGCAUCUAUCGAUAUGCUGGAACACUUGGGACAUCACUUCCACGGCGAUCUGUUGCGUAGGGCUGUGAACAAGACGAUAAACGUCGAUAGAAUUCUCACACCCGACGUAGGUGGGAACAACUCAUCGUCGGAGGUCGUGGAUUCGAUUAUAGGUAACAUCGGCAGGUGCUAAGUGUAUGGGGGGGUUGCACACGUUAAUAUUGAAGUAAAAAAAUAAAUAAAAAUACUUAAUAAUAAUUCAAAAUAAUGACGAUUAAAAGCGAUAGAUAUACAUUAUGUAUUAAAAAAGGUCUUACAAAUGUAAAGGUUAAUAAUAAAUUGAAAUUUAAAAAUAAUUAAUAAUAGUUCAAAUAAAUAACGUAUUGAAAGGAGUCAGGUAACCAAUAUUGUAUUAAAAUUGUUCUUUAGAUUCAUCAAUGAUAUUGUAUUUUAAAUUUUAAUAAAUCUUAUCUAACUAUCUCACUCGCUCACGAGUCGGGCAAUUACCUGAUUUGUAUUUUCUAUUUUCAUUCUAGAGCGUGUAUCUUAUCUAUAAAUAAAUAAAUAAAACAUCUAUAGGUCAAUACUUCUAAGACGUGGCUUAGUUAUUUUCGAGUGUAUUUUCGAUAUAUUAGAAAAAAGUAAAUACCCAAAAAAGGGUAGUUUCAAAAUAUUUUCUUUGUAAUCUCAUUAUUCAAUGGAUCAAAAUUUGACAAUAAAAUGGCGGUUUUUUUGUCAUUCUGACACUUGAUACUUUAUAAAUGUCAAAUGAUACAUUUUUUGAAACAGAUUUUAAAACUUCUCGUUUUUCCAAUUUUUAUAGUAAUAAAUAGUCUUGAAAAUUUAUCUAAACAUAGAAUAAUUGCUAUAUACGGUAUAUUUAUUAAUGUUCUAUUUAAAAUGUAAAUAAAAUCACAUUAAAUGCAAAUUAAAAUAUAAUUUAGCGUGUGUAACAACCUUUAUGUAUGUCUGUGUACCCAAAUCAUUUUUUUUAUAAACCCAUAAAUCGAAUAGCUAUGAAUUUUAUGUUAUUAUUUUAGCAAUUUUAAAGUCCGCUUGCCAUUUUCAUUUACUUUUAUAUUUUCAACAAAUAUGAAUUAAUAUUUACUAUGACGACGACUGGGUCUUCAAAAGUAUUUGUUGAAUUUAUAUGUAUCGUUUUUUUUUCGCGCCAUAUUUGUAGAAUUUCCCGCCAGAAUUUGACAUUGACAUUUGCAUAGAUAAGCUAUGUAAAUUUGAAUUUUACUUGCAUUCAUGUUUAGAUAAUCUGUAAUAAAUUAGGCUGUAAUAAAGUUACCCCGUAAGUAUUACCUACCUGUGUAAUGUAUUUAUUUUAGUUUGUAAAAAAUGUGAAUAAAUAGCUAAUGCGUA